AUGAGGCUUGAUCCAGUGCAUUUCUCCAUGCUGGUCAUCGGGGUCUCCUUCGCCUGUUACGCCCCGAGUCUCAACUCCCUCCAGGACCAGGCGUACCGAUCCGCCGUGGUCAUCGAGGGCGAGGUGCGCUCCUCCCCGGAGAACGUCUCCUCCCGGGAGCCCUACAGUGUGAAUGUCAAAGUGCUGGACGUGUGGCCCGUCAACAGCGGCGGCCUCGAGAGGGAGCAGCUCGUGACGGUCGGGGACUUCGGCUCCGAGGCCCCGUGCACCACGGUGGAGAAGGACCACAGAUAUAUCUUUUUCAUGGACCCCACAGCGGAGCCCUUGGUAUUCAAAGCAUCGUACGCCCCUGUGGACGCCAGCGAGCCGGAGCUGAAAAAGGAUGUGGAGCGAGUGUUGUGCGAGGACUGCGCCUCUGCUCCUAAGCUCCGGCUGAUGCGAGGCCAGUCUCUAGUGGAAGGGGACAAGCUGUACUUGAAGUGCGAGGCGUCGGGGAAUCCCAGCCCUUCCUUCCGCUGGUACAAAGAUGGACACGAGCUUCAGAAAGGCAGAGACCUCAAAAUAAAGACCAACAAAAAAAACUCCAAACUGCAGAUCAGUCGAGUCCGUGUGGAAGACUCUGGCAACUACACCUGUGUGGCUGAAAACUCACUAGGACAAGACAACGCCACGAGUAUAAUCAGCGUGCAGAUCUGUGAGCAAUCUGACUACUUAAAUUUUCAACACCUUGUGAUUUCCCUUGUAGUGACCACCACCACCCCGUCUUCAGGUGUGAGUCAUGCGAGGCGCUGCAACGACUCGGAGAAAGCGUACUGCGUCAACGGAGGCGACUGUUACAUCAUACAUGGCAUUAACCAGCUGUCCUGCAAGUGUCCCAAUGACUAUACGGGGGACCGCUGUCAAAACUCCGUCAUGGCCGGUUUCUACAAGCUUCUCAGAAUUGAAUUUAUGGAGGCGGAGGAGCUCUACCAGAGGCGGGUGCUUACGAUCACAGGCAUCUGUGUGGCGCUGCUGGUGGUUGGCAUCGUUUGUGUGGUGGCCUACUGCAAAACCAAGAAACAGAGGAAGAAGAUGCACAGUCACCUGCACCAGAACCAGAACCAGUGUGUGGAGCAACCCAACCGCAUGCUGGCCAAUGGGCCCAAUCACCCUGGGCCCGGCCCCGAGGAGAUCCCCAUGGUCGACUACAUCUCCAAGAGCGUCCCAACGACAGAGUGUGUGAUCAGCCACGGAGCUGAGGGUGCAGGAAACUACGCAGGCAGCCGAAUGUCUACCCGCUCCCACCACUCAACCACUGCCUCACAUGCUUCCAGACACGAGGAACAGACGUGGAGCAUGGAGCGAACAGAGAGUAUGAACUCAGACUGCCAGUCAGGAGGGCUGUCCAGCUCUGUGGGAACCAGUAAGUGCAGCAGCCCCGCAUGCAUGGCAAGGAGGGCCGCCCACUGGGGAUGUGGGGAUAUGUCCGGUCCAGGAAUGCAGUACGGGGAUUCCUACGACUCUCUAAGAGACUCGCCUCACAGUGACAGGUAUGUUUCGGCCCUGACCACCCCAGCACGCCUGUCUCCGGUGGAGUUCCACUAUCCCCCGUUGCCGCCCCAGGUGCCCACCUUCCAGAUCACCUCGCCCAACACAAGCCACGCCCUCUCCCUGCCCCCCGCCGCUGCAGCCUACCACAGAGAGGAUGAUCAGCCGCUGCUACGAUGCCCAGAUGUACGUAUAGGCACAGAUUUAUACAGGCAGCCCCGGCGUCCGAGGCGACCUUACCUGACCGAGAGCACAGGAAGUCUACCUUCAAGCCCCUACCGACUCCCUGACGAGGAGGCCUACGAGACAACGCAGGAGUACGCCUCUUCGCGAGAACCCAUCCGCAGCCGGCGCCGCCCGCGACGCAACCGCCUCAACGGACACAUCUCGCAGCGUUCUACAGGCCUACGGGACUACAGCUCGCAGAGCUUCAGCCAGUCAGAAGAAGAGGAGGAAGAGGAGGAGGAAGAGGACACUCACGGGGAGAGCACGCCUUUCCUUAGUAUGCAGAACAUGAACAUGGACCCGCCCUUAACUGUGCCGGGCCACCGUUCGUCCUCCGGCGCGGACACACGGACUCACCGCGGGCUGAGUCGACCGGGGACGCGCAGCAACGGGCAGAGCCGCGGCUCCCAGUCGCACCGCUCCAAGGCUGACAACAUGCCCCUUUAAGACUUAACCCCCCCUGCCACCACCCACCCCUCCACCUCACACACUCUCCCUCCUCCUACACACAACCAGUGGACUAGAGACCUGCACCUAGGAGAAAUAUUUUUAUUUUGUAUAACAGACAGAUAUUCUAAACAAAUGAAAUAUUUAUUUUCAUUUCAGCAAAAAUUGUCUACUAGCUAACAGCAAAGACUUUUUUUAUAACGGGGGGGAAAUAUUUAUAUGUAAAGUUUUUUGAUUUACAGCAUUAUGAGAGAUGAAAAAAAUAAGAGAAUUACGUGCCAAUUUUUUCACAAGUUAGAUAAAUAGAAUAAUAUUGUGGUGCCUUUUGCUGUAUGCUGAAGUCGGAGGUCCCAUUGAGUUUUUGUAGCCUUUCUUAUAAAGACUCCUCGUUUUUUAUAGAGACCAACCCUCUUCCUCUUCCUUUUGCUUUGUUUUUUCUCUGAUUUGGGAUCUUCCUCUUUUUUGAACUGUGAUCUGAUUAUGUCAUCAUGCAAUAUUGAUUCCUCCUGUGUAAAAGGUGUCUGUUUACAUGAGUAUGAUCUGCGCGAUGCGCUCGUUCCACAGGGACAUUAGUCACUGACGCAACCGGAAGUGAAGGGUAGUUUUUUCUUGGAUGAUUUUCGGAUGAAUCCCAUCGGCCAUUCAUGUCGUCGUUCGCUGCCUGUCAGUCAUUUGUUGUUAUUUCUGUGGAAACAAGAGUGUUAGGGAGUUGUUGAGGGGAAGUAAUUUCAGAUUCCUGUGUAGGUG